CCCGGGAUCCAUUACGCUGUUAUGAGGCCGUAACGACGGAGCUCGAAAUUUCCAGAAACUUUCUCGUCAACAAAUCCCCAGCACUUUCCCCUCAUUCUGUGACAUAUGCAAUUUCUCCCUCCCACCACCAACAUUUAUUUCUUCUACCUAUUGGCUUCUAGUUUCUCCGUUUAGUAUUUUUCAGUUGCUGUUCUACUUACCUCUAAUAAAAUAAUGGCUGAUGCUCUGAAGGCGGAAGGCAACAAGGCGUUCGCAGCGAAGGACUUCAACUUGGCUGUUGAGAAAUUCUCGGAGGCCAUUGCAAUUGAGCCAGAGAACCAUGUUUUGUAUUCCAACCGCUCUGGCGCUUAUGCCUCCCUCAAGAACUUUGAGAAGGCUCUUGAAGAUGCGAAUAAAACGACUGAGCUCAAAGCAGACUGGGUGAAGGGUUGGGGCCGGAAGGGAGCUGCAAUGCAUGGACUAGGUGAUCUAGUUGGCGCAAAUGAUGCAUAUGAGCAGGCUCUCAAGUUGGACCCUUCCAAUGCGCAAGCCAAAGCUGGACUCGAAUCUGUCAAACGUGCAAUUGAUGCAGAAGCAAGAGCGGAUGGCCUAGGCGGAGACCCUACCGGUGGCCUUGGAAGCAUGUUUAGUGACCCCCAACUCAUCACCAAACUUGCCUCGAACCCUAAAACCUCCUCCCUCUUGGCCGAUCCGGAAUUCAUGGCAAAGCUUCAACGACUGAAGCAAAAUCCAGCGAAUAUCGGAGAAGAGAUGCGUGAUCCUAGAUUCCUCCAGGUAAUGAGUGUAUUGCUUGGUAUUGACAUGUCGUUUGCUCCUCCUCCCGAGUCUGGAGGUGUCACAAGGGAAGCAGAGGAGGAUGUUAAAAUGCCCGAUGCGCCACAACCCAAGAAAGCUCCCGAGCCCGAACCAGAACCUGAGCCCGAAGACGAGGAAGCGAUUGCGAAACGAAAGGCCAAGGAAGCCGGUGAUAAAGAAAAGCAGCUUGGUACAGAAUUUUACAAGAAACGGCAAUUCGACGAUGCGAUUGAACACUAUAGCAAAGCAUGGGAGCUGAAUAAGGACAUCACAUACCUUACCAAUAUUGGUGCUGCCAAAUUUGAGAAGGGCGACUAUCAAGGAGCGAUUGAAAUUUGCGAGAAGGCAGUUACUGAGGGAAGAGAAAUGCUGGCCGAUUUUAAGAUCAUUGCAAAAGCCUUCGGAAGAAUUGGUACCUCUUACGAGAAGAUGGGAGAUCUGGCCAAAGCAAUCGUCAAUUACCAGAAGUCUUUAACAGAACACCGUACCCCAGAUAUCUUGACCAAACUUCGAAAUGCUGAAAAAGCCAAAAUCAAGGCUGAAAAAGAGUCUUACAUUAACCCCGAAGAAGCCGAAAAGGCAAGAGAGCUCGGUAACCAAAAGUUCAAGGAUGCAGACUGGCCCGCCGCCGUCGACGCCUACACUGAGAUGACGAAACGGGCGCCGGAAGAUCCACGGGGAUAUAGCAACCGUGCUGCGGCUUUGAUCAAGCUCAUGGCCUUCCCAGGAGCUGUUCAAGAUUGCGACGAAGCGAUUAAGAGAGACCCGAAAUUUAUCCGUGCAUAUUUGAGAAAAGCACAGGCUCUUUUUGCCAUGAAAGAAUAUAACAAAUGUAUGGACGUGUGUGCUGAGGCCGCUGAACACGACGAAACCGGUGCCCAUACCCGUGAGAUUGAGCAACAGCAACAAAAAGCGCUGGAGGCUCAGUUCAGCGCUCGUGCUGGUGAGACAGAAGAAGAAACUGCAGAGAGAAUUCAGCGUGACCCUGAGAUUAUGUCCAUUCUUCAAGACCCCGUUAUGCAAACUAUACUCCAACAAGCCAAGGGCGACCCGGCUGCGCUGCAGGAGCACAUGAAGAAUCCUGGUGUGCGGAUGAAGAUCCAGAAGCUGGUGGCCGCAGGCGUCAUCCGUGUUGGAAGAUAGAUAUCGCGCGUUCCAUGUCCAACCUUUAAUGGUGGUGGUCAAAUGCUUAUAGCUUGAAUGUGACCGGAUACGAGAUGUUAUGACUGUUGUUUGUGUUUCUGUGCUUGUUUUCUUAGCAGCUGAUGGGGGGAGCUGGAAGAAAUUACGAUCAAGCAUCCAAUGCAACCAUUUUACCAGUGACGAGGUGAGCUGAUUACGAAAGCUUCAACUGUGCUACUCUUCCAGCAGGAUUUGUGCUUUACUUUUUUGGCAUUCUUUGGAGCGUGUUCAAAUGAGGGUUUCAGUCUAUACCAUAAAUUCUCCAAAAAAUAAAAACGAAAAAUGGACAAGAAAAAUAAUAAUAAUUUGCCCCGUGCACUCGACAUAUUUUGCAUUGAGUCAAACAGAGUCACAUCGUUGGAACAGGCGAAUGAAGUGAUUAGUUACUUGGCCAUGCUCAUGCCAUACAUGCAUGUGUACAGCAUUCCGUGGAAUUUUAUCUGAAUUCUCCCUACUCAAACCUAUUCUGUGUCUCGGGGUACGCUUCUCUAAACAGUGCAGCCAUCACAUUCUCUGGUCAGACGGACUGAGAAUGAAAAUAGCCAUUUACCCCAACCCCCCUUUUGUGUCUUGCCUGACGUCCGAUAGACACCCGCCGCCCCCAUUCAGCCAUGAUCUCCCAUAUGAGAAGUGCCUUCAUUUCCUCUCUCUGCUAUCUGAAUAAUCCCCUAGUAAAAGCGUCGUGAAAAUCGCAAGUGCUAAAGGCAGCUUGGAAAUUGGUGCCAGACGAAUAGAACAUCAAAGCUUGUUGUAAAAAAGGUGCCUUGUGAAAUGUUUCCAUGCUUCAUUUAGCUCUGUAAGUAACUCCUCUCCGGAGGGGGGUAGGGCUGCUCCAGCGGAAUUUCCAGACCGCUGUCGCUUUGGCGCGAAAUUUGAAUUGACAAGCAUAAAAGUGAACUCUUAAAAAGAGUUACAAGUUUGAGUGAAGUAGUGCAUUCAGAGAAAAAUAGCGGACAAAAUGUACAGUCCAAACUUUUUUUUUUGAACUUAUGAAAAUUAAAAACCCGCACGCCGGC